AUGGAGAGCCGCGCGUACAAUGUCUUGGACGGGAUGGGGGAGGCCAUGCUCGCUCUCGCGAGGAGGCACUCCACUCCGCAGCAGUGGGCCGCCUGGCUCAAGGUGCCUCUUCAGGGGGCCUGUCGUGAAGGGGACAUAGACAUGGUGUCCACGCUGCUAAAGGCCGGCGCGGCGAGCUCUGGUGAGCGGGAAAGGGAUGGGGAGACACCCCUGCACGCGGCGGCGGCGGGAGGAAGCCUGGACGUAGUCAUGGCUUUGCUCAGGGAAGGGCGAGCGAGGCGGGACGUGAACAAGGUCACGCGCUCGCUGCUCCAUACGCCGCUGCACUGCGCCGCGUUGCACGGGCACGCCGACAUUGCCCUGGCGCUGUUGAGGGCGGGGGCAGAUGUUGACCUUCCGGACACCCACGGGUGGACCCCACUCAUGUGCGCCUCCAGCAAUGGGAGCACCGAGCUGGUGAGCAAUCUCUUGCUCAACGGCGCCUCGCCGAAAACGAAGGAUAAUUGGGGAUGCCGCCCUCUGCACCGCGCGGUGCCAGCCGGGAAUCUCGGGGCCAUCAGGCUUCUGCUCAAGGCCGGGGCUUCACCGAACUCCCGCAGGAGGCCGGACGACAUGUCCGCCGUGGAUUUGGCGGUGGAGCGCGGCACAACCGAUGUGCUGCUGGAAAUUCUCGCCGCCCGCCCCCACGUGGACGCCCUCGACGACAGAGGGGUGUCGGCGCUGGGCAUCGCGGCACGGAAGGGGCACGCCAAGGCUCUCGACGUGCUGAUCGACGCCGGGGCUGAUGUAGACGAGGCGAACCAGGAGAUGGAUACGCCCCUGCACCUGGCCUGCAUGCACCUUCAGCCGGCCUGCGUGAGGACCCUGCUGCGACACAACGCCGACGAGGUGUUUCGUAACGAGGAUCUGGCGUUCCCCGAUGACGUCGUGGGGCACGCGGUCGCGGGGGACAAGCGGGACGAGGAGGUCGUCGAAUGGAUCUACGAGAUGUUGGCAAGAGCCCCCGCAGACCGGGUGUGGCGACGGCGAGGGUGGCUGGCGAUGCUGAGAGCGCGGAGACACCGGGAGUCGGAAGCGGAACAAAUUGUGCAUCCGCAACAGUCAAAGGAGGAGCAAGGCGAGGGAGGUAACGCCCGGGAAGCCCAGAACAAUAGCCAGCCCGGCGAUGGUGUGAUGGGGGUGGUCUGUGCGCCGCCCUCCGUUUCUCGCAGGAAGCUGUCUAUCGGGGCGGGGGAAGGGACAACAGACCGGGAUUACUCCGCUGUUCGUGUCCACCCGAGCCUAAGAAGGUUCCACUGGAACGUAACAACCAUGAUCGACACCGCGGAUGAGCUCGUUUUCCGCAAGAUUGUGACCUAUCUCUGA